AUGCGUGGCGCGACGAAGGUUUAUCCGACAGGGGAUCGAUUGAAGAGGAUUUAUAAUGUAUUCCACCCGUAUGAUCCUGUGGCAUAUAGACUCGAACCGUUGAUACAUACGAAUUAUCAACUGAUCAAACCGGUCAAGUUGUUUACGUCGAUUGAUCUGAGGGCGUUGGGAGAUUAUGAUCAGCUGUCGUUGGAG